CUCUCUCUCUCUUCUCUAUUCGUUGGUUGGUGGGUUUUUGCUGGUGGUGUAAUCGGCAAUACCGCCGGAACACAGAACAAAACCAGACAGGUAAAGUGGUAAACGAGGUAAACGGGCCAAACUCCGUCUUUCUCUGUGCAGUUGCUUGUUUUACACUUUCGAUGAACUCGUAUUGAGAUUAGUGUGAUUGGUGAAGAAAAAAAAAAAAAAAAAUGGCGAGAGAGAAAAUUCAGAUCAAGAAGAUCGAUAACGCCACGGCGAGACAGGUAACUUUCUCGAAGAGAAGAAGAGGGCUUUUUAAGAAGGCUGAGGAACUCUCCAUCCUCUGUGAUGCUGAGGUCGCUCUCAUCAUCUUCUCCUCCACUGGAAAGCUCUUCGAAUACGCUAGCUCAAGCAUGAAGGGGAGUUUUCCAUCAACCUCUUACGAUAUUGUGGAAAAUGAAGGGGAACCAGCAUCAGAUCAUUGUUACAGCGGUUGCCCAAUGGUGAACAUAAACUUGGUUUUCAUUUCCCCUGAUUUUGUUAGAUACGGGGAUGCCUAUUCUACAGAAUCUCUGUUAAUUUUUUCCUGCAGUUCCAUCAAGCUUGAAGGUUUAACUGCAUGUGGAAACAAGGAAUCUUUUACCUUUGAAUGGGCAAUUGGUGAUGUCAUUGAGAUUGAAUCACAAUGCUGCGAAAUGGCCAAGACAGCUCUAGUUAAACUCUGUUUAAAUGAAGUAGAUGCAGUAGGAGCUGAAAAUGCAGAUGAUACUUCAGGUGUUAUGGAAUUGAUUUUUGGGGUCUCUGACCCUCAGUGGUCUGAGAAACAGGAAAUGAUCACAUCAUUGCAUGCAAGAUACAGGGAUAUUUGGAAUGUUGCGCUCGGUGAUGAAAAAAAGAACUUUGGGGAGCGAAGUUACCUUUUUCUUCGAAAGCUUUACUCUGCUUCUAAUGAGGCUUUUGAAGAAGUUAUCUAUCCAAAAGGGGAUCCUGAUGCUGUUUCCAUUAGUAAGAGAGAUGUUGAGCUAUUACAACCGGAGACAUUCAUCAAUGAUACGAUCAUUGACUUCUAUAUUAAAUAUUUGAAGAAGAAGAUUACACCGGAGGACAAGCAUAGGUUCCACUUUUUUAAUAGUUUUUUCUUUCGCAAGCUGGCUGAUCUGGACAAAGAUCCAUUAAGUGCUUCUGAAGGCAGUGCAGCUUUUCUACGUGUUCGUAAGUGGACAAGGAAAGUGGAUCUUUUUGGAAAGGAUUACAUCUUUAUUCCUGUUAACUUCAAUCUACACUGGAGCUUGAUUGUCAUCUGUCAUGCUGGUGAAGUGGUUAAUUUUAAAGAUGAAGAUAUUGACAAGUCCCCUAAAGUACCUUGCAUUUUGCACAUGGAUUCUAUCAAAGGAAGUCAUCAGGGACUAAAGAAUCUUAUUCAAAGUUACCUAUGGGAAGAGUGGAAAGAAAGGCAGAAAGAGACACCCGAAGAUGUUUCAGCAAAAUUCUUUAAUUUGCGCUUUGUACCCCUUGCGCUGCCACAGCAGGAAAAUUCAUUUGAUUGUGGCCUGUUCUUGCUACAUUAUGUGGAUUUGUUUUUGGAAGAUGCUCCGGUUAGCUUUAGCCCUUUCAAGAUCACAAAGUUCUCCUAUUUCCUUACCAUGGAUUGGUUUCCACCUGCUGAGGCAUCUUCCAAGCGUUCACUUAUCAAGAAGUUAAUUUAUAAAAUCCUCGAUGAAUAUUCUGAGAAAGUUCCUCAACCUGCUUCUGGUGACAAACAAUGUUCCUUUGAUUUUCAAGAAGAUAAUAAUGAGCACAAAAAUGGAGUAGAAUUUUUUUCAAAGGAGUGUUGCCCCAAAAAGAUUUUUCAGAAUAACUCUUCUUCUACUGCUGAACAAGGAAUAGAAAUCAAACUUUUGCCUAUGUCACCUCGAGGGCCUUUCCAAUGCAGCAGGGAUUCAGGAUUGGUUUAUAGGGAGUUGCUCACUCCUGGAACCUCUGCAGGAUUGUCUUCGGAAGGACACUCCAGACCUUUUGAUAGGAUGGAAUCUUUUCAAAAAUUCAAGUCUGCUGUGUCACCAAUAGAGGAGGAUUCAGAAACUGGCGAGCAGUAUAUAUAUUCUCCAUCAGCAGAUUGUCAGCAACUGGCUAGAUUAACAAAGGAAGCUUGUAGAACUUCUUCAUCUUCCUCCAAAGAUUGUGAACCUUUUGAGACACUUCUGAACCUAAGAAUCUCCAUGCGACAGGAGGAACACAGGGUGGGGUACUCAUCAACUAACCCAUCAAGCUGUGGUUCACCCAGUUCAUCAGAAAGAGGGGCCGAUGAGGAUGUGAAGGGCCCAAAUCAACACAAUUCCCUGAAGCUGAGGCCAGUAUCACCACAAAAAAUUGGAUGUGAAUGCCCUGCUUUGCUUGCCAGUGGAAAUUUACAAAGCCAUGUUAUUGAAGAUUCAGAAGAGGUGGAUGAUGGGAAUUUAGAUAGCCAUGUUGUUGAAGAUUCACAAGAGGUGGAUGGUGGGAAUUUAGAUAGCCAUGUUGUUGAAGAUUCACAAGAGGUGGAUGGUGGGAAUUUAGAAAGUCAUAUUGUUGAAGAUUCACUGGAGGUGGAUAUACUGGUUGAUGGCAAUGAGCAUGGUGAUCCUCUUUCCUGCUGCCCAGAAAAUGUUACUACCUCUUCCCAUCAAGAUGCUGACUUCAGAAAAGACAUGGAAGUUGAAAUCAAUGAUUUACAAUUUAGCAAUGAUGUUGUCCCAGAACCAUUGAAACAGCCAGCUGCAAAACGCCCAAGGCUUAUGUCUUCUCUCAAAGAAGGAAUUUGAGAAUCCAGAAUCUUAUUGGAGGAUAGGAAUUUGAUUCAAGUUUUGUUCCCUAGCUUAUCAUAGGGAUUUUUCAUCUUACCUGGGUUGGGGAGUUGAUCAAGGAACCAAUAGAUUGAAAGAUGGGUGAUGGAUUCACCAGGUCCUUUCCUGGUACCGUUUCUU